CCCUCCUCCCCACAUGGAGUCAUCGCUCACCCAGGAACUAUAAAAAGUCUGGCUCUCGUCGAGGUUUUUCAGUCUCAUCACGAACUCCACCAGACCACCAUCAUGAAAUUUGUGGCCCUCGCUCUCGCCGUUCUCCUGGCCGUCGGCUCUCAUGCCGCUUCCCUGCAGGCCGAUGCCCCAUCCCAGCUGGAGCACGUCCGCGCCGCCAUGGACGUCUACCUCACUCACGUGAAGGAUAGCGCCAAGAAGGCCCUGGACCACCUCGACGACGCCGAGUACAAGGACCUCAAGGACCGCCUGUCUAUGCGCAUCGAGGACAUGCACACCCAGAUCAAGGCUCUGCAGGGCUCCGUCUCCCCCGUCACCGACAGCGUGGUCAGCACCCUCGCCGACGCCACCGCCGACUUCCGCGCCUCCGUCAUCGCCGACAUCGAGAGCCUGAAGGCCGACCUCGCGCCCAAGCGCGCCGCGCUGAAGGAGGUCAUCGACAGGCACGUCGACCAGUACCGCGCCAUCCUCGAGCCCAUCCUCACCGAGUACUCCGCCAAGCACGCGGCGGACAUGGAGGUCCUGAGGGGCAAGAUGGAGCCCAUCGUGGCGGACCUGCAAAGCAAGGUGGCGGUCAAUGUGGAGGAGACCAAGGCCGCCCUGAUCCCCAUCGUGGAGUCUGUGCGCGGCAAGCUCUCCGAGCGCCUGGAGCAGCUGAAGGUCAUGGUUGGCCCCUACGUCGAGGAAUACAAGGACCAGCUGAGGAGCGCCUACGCCCAGGCGCAGGGCGUCAAGGCCGAAGACCUCAGCGCCCUGAGGGAGAAGAUCUCGCCCCUGGCCGAGGACAUCAAGGUCAAGCUGCAGGCCAUCUUCGGCCUCAUCACCGAAUCCAUCCAGAAGAGCUAAAUGUCCUUCUCAGUCCCUGUAACUAACCUCACCUACUCACCAGUCCUAGACCCAGUCCACCUUCUUUCCUCGUAAUGCGCAGCCAGACCAUCGCCCCGGAAACGAAGCCGGUGCCUGACUUGUUGUACUCGUUUGCAACACAAUGGCGGGACUCUUGCUCUCUCCCCCACUUUCUCUCUCUCUCUCUCUCUCUCUCUCUCCGAUGCAAACGCCUUGCCUUUUUAUUUUUUUUUUGUUGCACAAUGCAAGCAGCAGACACACACGAACUCAGCGCACACACGCUCUACUCUUCGCAUCACACGGCCAACUGCUUACGUUUUGUGUAGGAUUUGUAUGUGAAUAUCCACAAGUGCCUGAAACUCUGUGUAACGAUGCUUGUCUAAUGAAAACUGUGCUUUGACAAAAAUACAGCUGAAUAAACAAAUGACUUGUUUAUACUAACUA